AUGAACCCGUUCUUCCUGGUCCAGGACCAGGAGCCAGAUCCGCCAUUCUACGGUUUCACGAAGAGAACCCUCGAAGCAUCGAUCCGCCGACCUCCAUGCGAAUGCGCCGAAUGCGAGAAUAGCUUCUACCCCGUCGAGAAGCAACGCCACGCCCAACACUCCUACCACCUCCGACUCUCCGAUGCCGUCGCAGAGCGCAACGCGCGCUCCCUCGUGCAAAGCAUCCAUCGAAGCCGAGAUCAACUGAGCGACAAGAUUAAAGUCUUUGGCGAUGUUUUGAUGAGUCGCUGGAAGAAGAAAAGUCAAACGAAACGAGCGGCUCUGUUAAAAGAAGCUGUGCCUGAUCUCGAAGAACAGCAGUGGCUUAUCCCGCGAUACAGCUACACGCGCGAGAGCCUUUACAUGCGCGAAAGAACUCAGAUUCGGAGACGCCAACUCCUUCUGCCAUGGCUUAACGUCCAUGUCCUCAAGACCAACCCCUCUGUGCUUUUCGCCCUUCUUCACUACCGAACUGCGUACCCUCCCCAGUCGUGGGCGCCCUUCGAUAAUCGACAGCUCACUUUCAGUUGGGCAGCUGGAUACUUCGACGUUAACUUCUGUCUGAAAUGCGUCGUCAUGUACGGAGAUCGAUAUGGGUCACUGGUAGACUGGGAAACAAAUGCUGUGCAUCGUGGUGAUACUCUCGGGUAUCCCAGAGCGAUGCUGGUUCUUGAAGCCCAGGCGCAUCUUCUGGGAACUCUCUGCAACAUAGUCGACAAGAUCCUCGAAGGAGUAGACCCUCUGCAAACCCCACGAGCUGAGAAGUGGCACGACCUCGUCAGCCACGAAGCCUUCCGGGAGACAGGCGCAGGCGAGUUCUGGUCUCCCUACACCAACCAAGCCUUCUCCCGCCCCCCCAUGUUCAACUGCGACUACCUUGCCGACCUCGCAAAGUCUCGCCUGGAUGAGAUUGGUGAUCACCUAUGGUACCUGCAGUGCGACGCCGCGUACAUGAGAAGACAUGCCAAGAUGAUUUCUGCGACCGAGAUUUUCAAGAAGGCCUCAGUGGAAAAUAGAGCGAUGAUGAUCCCUGAGCAAAUCGUCCUUGAAAUACAGAGCUACUGUUGCUGGCAGUGGAUUGAAGCGGAGUGCAGGCACGUUGCGACAAUUCGCAGGCGAUUCAGCGACAGUAUUCAUCCUGGCAUGCCCUUACCCCCAAAGUACGACAAGGCUCUGGGUGCCCUUGAGCUUCUGCUGCUUGGCCAGGUCAUGGCAAAGACCAGUUUCUUGUACGAACAAUUGCCGCAUAUUCCAGGCAUGCAGAAACACUGGAGUCUCGACCCCAGCCGCCAUCGAUACGAUACUCGACCUGAAGUCAUUGGCAUCACCAAGCGUAUAACGCCGCAAAACACCCAACAAUCUCUUGACGAUGAUACCCUUGACUGGUGUCUUGUACAACUACAGGGAAAGCCUAACAACCAGAGCCAUUUUGACCAUGCUAUGCUCUUUGCCAUGCUCCAAGAUCAUCUUUCCAGCAAUCCAUCCGAAGGGAAGAGGCUGGACGAAAUCACCCACCAGACACUCUCGGAUCUGUCGACCUGCCACGAGAUGUUGAUAGCUGUUCAAUCGCACAGGCCUCGAAACUCGGUGCGAGAUCCAGAAGAAGUGAUUGCCACAGAAGAUCGGAUGUUUUGGAAGUUGGUGCAACCAUUCGGAUUCAACAGAGACGUGUACAGAGACAUCGGGAUGGCAUUCACCAGAGACUUCUACCAUGCGAAGCCGCCUAACGGCCCCAAAAAGGCAGAGUGGCUUUCGCAUUCUCAGGCUCUUUCCACGGCAAACGAGAAAUUCUGGGAGUCGAUCAGGGGAUUCUUGAGAAAGCAGUUAACACAGCGGGAUGUUAAAGCGUAUACUCUGAAAGAGGUUGACAGCCUUCUUGGCAUCGCUUCGGCGCACCUCAGUGAGGAGUAUAUCCAGGAUAAACAACGCGAAGAGGCUGAGAUCCUCUCCGCAAUCAACAUCGCAGACGGACCCCAGCCAGUUACUGGUACCUUCAACGAGGGUCCUGAGCCCAGCGCCGCGUCAACUGCCGUAGCGCAGGGCCGGGAGAAGGUCAAAACGCGAGGGGACCAGUGUUCUACUGCCAGUGGUGUCACCGAACCACCAGCCGAAGCUGCAGAGGAGGUCACCAAGCAUGCCGUCAUCUCAUUGACAAGGGAGUCACUCGGUGUCAUUCAUCUCAUGUUUCCCAGCAAAGAUAACGUAGCCAAGGAAGUCACAUGGGAUCGAUUCGUCCGGGUCAUGAUUGAGGCAGGUUUCACGGCGAGGAACAAUAGCGGCUCAGCUGUGGCGUUCAAGCAGCUUGGGGAGGGAGGCAGGAUUGUCUUUCACAAGCCGCAUCCCGCUGACAAGAUUGAUCCGGUUCUGUUGCGAAUUAUGGGGAAGAGAAUGGCGAAGUGGUUUGGUUGGAAACGGGAGCUUUUUACUCUGCAGGGAGAGGCGAAGUCAGGUGUCCAAGGGUAG